UGUGGAGGGGCAGGCCCAGGGAAGGAGAAGGGGAAGUGGGAAGGGAUGUGAAACUUGGCCACAGCUGGACACUGCCUCUGCUGGGUGUCCACAGGGGUCCUGGGUGGAGAAGGACAGGAGCUGACAGCUGAGGUGACCAGCAGCCUGUAGCAGUGGCAUCAUGGAGGCCCCGGGGGGCUGGCUGGUGGUCUGUGUGCUGGCCAUAUCCCUGGCCUCAACGGUGACCCAGGACGUGUGCCGAGCUCUGGACGGAAGGGACGGGGCUGCAGGAGUACCCGGCCGACCUGGGCGGCAGGGCCUCAAGGGGCAGCAAGGGGAGCCGGGGGCCCCUGGCGUCCGGACAGGCAUCCAAGGCCUUAAGGGAGACGAGGGGGAUCCCGGGCCCCCUGGCAACCCUGGCAACAUGGGCUACCCAGGGCCCAGUGGCCCCCUGGGAGAGCCUGGACUCCCAGGACUGAAAGGCACCAAGGGCAACCCAGGAAACAUCAAGGACCAGCCGCGGCCAGCCUUCUCGGCUGUGAGGCGGAACCCGCCCAUAGGCGGCAAUGUGGUCAUCUUUGACACGGUCAUCACCAACCAGGAAGGCCCGUACCAGAACCACUCGGGCCGGUUCAUCUGCACUGUGCCUGGCUACUACUACUUCACCUUCCAGGUGGUGUCCAAGUGGGACAUCUGCCUGUCCAUCGUGUCCUCUGGGAGGGGCCAGGUCCGGCGCUCCUUGGGCUUCUGUGACGCCAACAGCAAAGGCAUCUUCCAGGUGGUGUCCGGGGGCACAGUGCUCCAUCUACAGCAUGGAGACCAGGUCUGGAUUGAAAAAGACCCCAAUAAGGGCCGCAUGUACCAGGGUCCCGAGGCAGACAGUGUCUUCAGCGGCUUCCUCAUCUUCCCAUCCAUCUGAGCCAGGGAAAGACCCCACCCUGGCCUCACCUGCUUCCUGCUGUGUGACCGUGGCCUACUCACUCCACCUCUCUGGUUUCUAUGCUGUGCUCUGUGUGGGGGUGCUGUGGCUUUAGCUGCCUGAAGGGAGGGGGCUGCUGCCCACUGCAUGCUCCAAGAUCAAUUUCCUAGAACUCUUCCUGGAAUAAAUGCCAUGAGUCCACA